AUGGACGAGCAUGGCGUGUUUCUGAGCCUGGGCGACGUCGCGCAGCCGCCGGCGCAGGAGACGCCGAUGGACACAACCACGUUCGACGGCGUGCCGUCCAAGGUGACCGACACGGCGACGCUCGGCGCCAUCGAGCGUAACCUCGGCUACGUGCCCACGAACCUCAUCACGGUCGCCGCGUUCCACGAGAGCGACGAGCACGGCCACGAGCCCGCGGUCCUCAAACUCUACCCGCUGCGCAACUGCAUGGACGCGUACAAGAAGCACGAGCGCGCAUACAUUGAGCCGUUCCCGACGACCUUCUGGCUCGCGUCAACCGAGCUCAAGGAAAAGGUGUCGGUGCUCGAAGGCAUGGGGUUCGUCGAUAUCUUCACCGAGCGGUUAACGUCCAACCCCGAGUACCUCGAGGCCAUGGCAAUGGCGCACCAGAGCUACGCCGACCUGCGCUACGGGCUCCUGACGCCCCGCGACAUGGCCAUCGUCGAGGCCAAGGGCUGGCAACGUGCGCUCAAGCACGUAGGCAUUGCGGGCAUUCGCAACCGCGCGUCCGUCAAGUGCCUCCACACGCACUACGCCCACUACCUUGCGACCAAGACCAACAUUGUCGGCGCCUGGGUGCAAGAAGCACUGGACGACCUCGCUGUGCAGGCCGCGUAA